CCAAAUUUGAAGCAAGCCGAGACGCGGGGGCGCGGCCACGAAGUUGGACCUGUUGCAGUUUCCUUGGCUACCUGGUCCGCUUGAGUCCAGCCAUCAUGCCUAUCCGUGCCCUGUGCACUAUUUGCUCGGACUUCUUCGACCACUCCCGCGACGUGGCGGCCAUCCACUGUGGACACACCUUCCACCUUCAGUGCCUAAUUCAGUGGUUUGAGACAGCACCAAGUCGGACUUGCCCACAAUGCCGAAUCCAGGUUGGCAAAAGAACCAUUAUCAGUAAGCUCUUCUUUGACCUUGCCCAGGAGGAGGAGAGUGUCUUGGAUGCAGAAUUCUUAAAGAAUGAACUGGACAAUAUCAGAGCCCAGCUUUCCCAGAAAGAAAAAGAGAAACGGGACAGCCAGGUUAUUAUCGACACUCUGCGAGACACUCUGGAAGAGCGCAACACCACUGUGGAAUCUCUGCAAAAGGCCUUAGGCAAGGCUGAGAUGCUAUGCUCUACACUCAAAAAGCAGAUGAAGUUCUUGGAGCAGCAACAAGAUGAGACUAAACAAGCACGGGAGGAAGCCCGCCGACUCAGGAGCAAGAUGAAGACCAUGGAGCAGAUUGAGAUCCUACUCCAGAGUCAGCGGCCUGAGGUGGAGGAAAUGAUUCGAGACAUGGGUGUGGGACAAUCAGCGGUGGAGCAACUGGCUGUGUAUUGUGUGUCUCUCAAGAAAGAGUAUGAGAAUCUAAAAGAGGCUCGGAAGGCCUCAGGGGAGUUGGCUGACAAGCUGAGGAAGGACUUGGUCUCCUCCAAAAGCAAGUUGCAGACAGUCUACUCUGAAUUGGAUCAGGCCAAGUUGGAGCUGAGAGCAGCCCAAAAGGACUUACAGAAUGCUGAAAAGGAAAUCACGAGCCUGAAAAAGAAGCUAAUGAUGUUGCAGGAAACCUUGAACCUGCCACCAGUGGCCAGUGAGACUGUCAACCGCCUGGUUUUAGAGAGCCCAGCUCCUGUGGAGAUGCUGAACCUGAAGCUCCGCCGGCCAUCAUUCGGUGAUGAUGUUGACCUCAAUGCUUCCUUCAAUGUGGAUACCCCCCAAACCCAGCCCUCCAACUCCCAGCAUGGCCACUCCAAAAGGCUAUGCCUUGAGAAGGCACACUCUCCUGUUCAGGACAUUCUCAAGAAGAUGCCCAGAGGUCCCAAGCAGAAGUCCCAGCUCUCUUUGGGUGGCCAGCACUGUGCAAGAGAGCCAGAUGAGGACCUGGCUGGUGCCUUCCCUGUCUUUAUCCGGAAUGCUGUUCUGGGCCAGAAACAGCCAAAGAGGGCCAUAGCAGAGUCCUGUCGCAGCACAGAUGUGGUAAGAACAGGUUUUGAUGGCCUUGGAGGCCGGACAAAAUUCAUACAGCCUACUAACACAGCCAUGAUUCGCCCACUGCCUGUUAAGCCCAAGACGAAGGCUAAGCAGAGAGUGAGGGUGAGGACUAUAAACCCUUCCUCCCAGGCCAAGUUGGAUACCUUCCUGUGGCAAUGAGAACAGUGAAUCUGAGCAGUGGCCAGACAUGCCUUCAACUAGAAGAUUGGCCAGCAGUGUUUAGAAGGAUGGCCCCUCUUCCAGGACGAGCCCUGGGCAGAAAGCAGAUGAAUGGUAGAGUGACAGAGAUUGUGCACUUCCUUUGUCCACCUUGCCCUGUUCUGUCACAUAGAGCUGACACUACCAGCUUACCGUUUCCAUCAGCAAGUGCCUGCUCCUGGUUGCAGCCUCUUGUUGCCACAAUCUAAUGUGGCCAGGUUCUUUCUGGUCCUGGAAACCAGGAUCACUUGUUGACUGUAAGCAUAAAAGUGCUUGAGAUUUUCUCAGCCUGAGUCUGAGCUUCUGCCUGCCUCCCUCACUGCUGGGCAUGGCCUGAUCCGGGCAUGGCCUGGUCCAAGCAUGGUGGGGGGUAGGGAAUGGGGAAUGAUGGAGUUGGGAGGACAGGGAAAGAUUUCCAUGUAAAAUAAAAAAUAAUUUUUUUCUGGC